AAGUCACACCUUUAAAUAAUUUACUCCAAUAUACCCCCAAUUAAUUGACAAUCAGUCAAUACUUUUCUCUUUCUUUUUUAAGGGUUGAGGGGUUAAUUUAUUAUUGAUGCAAAAUAGACAAUUUUAGUAGGUAGGUGGUUUGUAAAAUGAACCCUACAUCAGAUUUUCACAGCAUACUGAUCACUUAAGCCGGUAAAUAAGAUUAAAAGUUUUUUUUUCGAUUAAAGGGUUUUUAUUAGAUUAACUACGGAAAAGGGGGUGGCAGUGCAGAAGCUUAGUCCACACAAAGCUCUUUUCAAUUCAAUACACGUGUCGAAAAGAUGUAACAUUUAAAAAUAACAAAAAUUUAAUUCUGUUAUCUAUCGACUUUGUUUUGUUUCUUUUUUGUUUUGUGUAAGUACAACAUUUUAGUAUGAAAAUGUGCUUUUCAAAAAAUGUAACUAAUGAUAAUGGCGAAUAAAUAAAAAUAAAUCUACCGAGAAAUAAAAAGAGAAAGAAAUCAAAUGAAAUAACAAGACGAUGAUAUUCACCCUGUUCUAUAUGUACGCAACCGCGCUGCAAUGGUGGAAGUUGGGGGUUUUGAAAAACAAACUAAGUGGUACCCUUAAUAGUCACAACGCACUGCUGGUUUGUAAUAAUUCGAAUUUUUUGGACAGAAAGAGGAGAAGGUGUCUUGAGAAUCUUUUGGUUCAAAAAGGCGACAGGUUAGCCUGUACCAUCGUACCAAAGCAAGUCUUAGACCUAGCCCAAUGGGCAGCUAUUCCAAAAGAUAACAAAUACUUCCCGAUCUUUAUGAAAAUCAAUAAGUUUUUCUCGAAAUCUCCCAAAAUGUACGUGUUGGUUCAAACGAACUUGGACAGUUACACUCCACAUCAAAGCGCAACUGUAGAGAUUGAGAAUUUCGGAGAACCCAUUGCAUGGAGGGUGAAUGAAAAUUUCGAAAUGGUAUUAAAAACCGACUUAGAAAAUCUAACCAAAUUCGCAUUUUCAUAUUGCGACCAUUCAAUCGACAUGAAUCACGCAUUAGAACUUCUAAAAAUAGAAACCGUCGAUGUAGUUGGUAGUCCUAUAAAAAUCAAAUACGAUAAAAAAUACACGUUGGAGAACAGACUUAGGUAUUCGUUAGCCCCGUCCCAUUGGAAAAAAUUCGUAGAUGACAUCAGGGGCAUUUACCAUAAGGUCAAUAGUAUCACCGAACCGCCAAAGUACUUGGAACACCCCAGGAUAACCAUAGAAACGACAAAUAAACCCGAAGAGUUGAAGAAAGUCCCGGUUUCGGAAGUGAAACCGAUUAAAAAAGAGCACCACAGAAAGUUGGCCAGUUGCGCCAAACACGAAGAAGAAAAGUCAAAAAGGGAAAAAAACAAACUCGACGUUUCGAACGUUUCGAGUAAAAGAUCGAAAUCUGGCGGCGAGCAUAGGGAUAGAGCGAAAGAUGACAAAAAAGAGCACAGGAAGAAGCACAGCGACCACAAAAAAGACGAAAAACAUAAAGAAUCUAAGCACGUCACAACCAGUAGACAACCAGUUGAAGAAGAAGUCAAAACAAGUCCGCAUAAACAUAAGAGAGACACAAAAACACAUGAAGAUCAACAUCAAACAAAGGAGAACAACUUGUCUGCAAAAGGACAAACGUCUGCUUCAGUUGUUCCAAACGGUGAAAAAACGGUACAGGAAGAUGAACAUCGCAAACAGAAUUUAAGAAAUGGCGAGGAGAAAAAAUUAAAAAGAGAACCGUCUUUUGAAGAAAAAGACAUUCCCGGUGUACUAGAAGCAAACAAAUCUGAAAAAAUCGAAAUCAAAGUUAAUGAUGUCAAAGCAACGCCGAGAAGCAAUGUUUCGAAACCUCCGAAUGUCCUCGUCUUUGCCGACUCUGGCACAACAAAAAGCAACAUCAAAAGUGUUCUACAAUCGCUACUGAACAAUAACAAAUACACCCUGUACGAUUUUCCAGCAAAUUGUACCGACCACUCGGUAUGGUCAGAAUCGACAAGUCUUUUGGUAGUUUGUGGCAGUGUCCCUGCCAAUCUGACCUCGCAAAUGCUCCAUUACCUGUUAACAGGUGGUCAUGUUUUUUGCAUGUGCAGCGAUCUUUUGUACAGUGUUUUGCAAUGCUUUUCCACAGCGGAGGUCAGAGAGCACGAAUUGGUCAGGUUUUCGUACGGAAAUUGGAAACAGGUUCAGAUGAUGCAUCACGUGUUUUGUUACCAAGCAUCCCCAGCGAAAAAACAAUUUUCCAAAGAUUCCGAUCAGAGCAGUCAAAGCAACGGAUCGAGGGGUUCAAGUCCGGUUGCCCCCAGGACGCCGUCCAGCGUUGAGAUACAGCACAACGGAAAAAAAUAUCUAUUGCAAAUUCAGGUCCUCGGGACCGAAGAGACGUGGCAGACGCCCAGUUUGUUGUUAGCCUCGGUCAAAAAUACGUCGGGAAGGGCAAUUUUUUCACAAGUUCAUUUGGAAAUAGAUCCUGCCGAAUACGAGGGCGACGAAAGUAAAUAUGCCGCCCUUAAGGGUAGUGAUAAAGCCAGAUUAGAAAUAUUGAAGCACAUUUUGUCUCAUCAUUUGGAAAUUGACUGUGACAACGAGGAUAAAAAUGUGAAAUACACCCCUGGAUAUUUUCUUGGGAGACACAACUCGAAACAAAAAUUUUUAAACGAGUGCACAUCAAUCAAAGACAACGUUUUGGAAAACGAACAGAUCACCGUCAGGUUUUACGGAAAAGAUGAAGAAAGUGCCACUUGUACUUCGACAAAAAUCCCUGUUUACGUUUUAUCAUGCCCUUCUAAUUUUUCCACGGUACAAUAUUUCGAGACCUUAAAUACAGAAGAAAUCGGUCGAUUGGUAAUUUAUAGCGAUAUUUUAACGUCGUCGCAACAUUUGUUAUCAAAAACAUUAACGCAUGGUUUAGUCGUCAUCCCUAGACAACAGACUAAGGCCACCGGUAGAGCAGGUAACACGUGGUUAAGUCCAAUUGGUUGUACAAUGUUCUCUUUACAACUUCACAUACAGCUGGAUUCACCCCUAGGCAAAUAUUUGCCUUUAGUCCAACAUUUGGUGAUGGUUUCAGUUGUUUCUGCAAUAAAAAAUUUACCUGGGUGCAAGGAUUUGGAUGUAGGGAUGAAAUGGCCAAAUGAUAUUUACGUCUACAAACAAGUAAAGAUUGGUGGAGCAAUUGUUUCUUCUGUGAUCCAAUCAGAUUUGGCAAUUAUUAAUAUAGGAGUUGGAUUGAAUUUGAGCAACUCCGAGCCUACUACUUGCAUAAACGAUGUUAUUAAGAAAUACAAUGAGGCUAAUAACAAAAAAAUACCUUUAAUAGAAUACGAAAGGUAUUUCGCGUAUGUAUUCAAUGAAUUAGAAAAGAAUCUGAAUAUUAUUCAGAAAGGAGAUUUGGAUUACUUUUACGAUCUCUAUUAUCAGUAUUGGCUGCAUAGUGGGAUGAAUGUCACAAUUUCGAAUACUGAAAAUGAAACAACUAAUGCCACCAUUAUUGGUAUUGACGAUUAUGGUUUUCUGAAAGUUAGAACUGAAAGUGGUAAAAUCGUCAAUGUCCAACCCGAUGGUAAUUCAUUUAACAUGUUAACAGGUUUGAUUUCUCCCAAAAUUUUCUAAUUUUCUUUGUUGAUUUUAACAAUUUUAUUGCGUUUACUGUUUGCCCGGAAAAUUUUAUCGCACCAAGCGAUUUACACAUAAAGACAUAAACAGUAAUUUUAAGCAAUAAAGUCCAGUUUAAUAGAGUUAUUUAAUAUUAAUGUUGCGCUAUUUUUAGUAAAAGAUAAAACAAAUAUAUACAUAUACCUGUGCCUUUAAAAAUAAGUCGCAUCAGUUUUUCUUUUUUUUUUUAACGAAAAUAGUGUUUAACUAUUUUUUUUAUGGUAAAAAAGAAUCACUGCCUUUCUUAAGCAUAUUCAAAAACAAACCUGGCAGAUGUUUUAAAUUAUAUCAAGAGUAAAACAAAACGGAAACAUUCGAAUAAACAAUUGACAUUCCAAUAAACAAAAUCUGAUCUGAUUUUUAUAUACUUUACCUACAGCAAUUUUUUAUUUUUUAAAACAAAUGCUCUCUAUCAAUGACAUUCCACAUUACAAAAGAAAAAUCCAGAAACUUAGUAAGUAGAUUGUUUUAAAUGAAUAAAUAAUCUUACUACUUAUUAGGUUGGUACAUGAAUAAUAAAUUGCAUAUUUAGAUCUCUAAGUGUUGUAAAAUAUAAAUGUGUUUUUCUUGUUAAAAAUCGAAACUGAAAUAAAUGUGAUUUCAAGUG